GGAUAAGAUUGUUUGCAUAAGGUUGCAUCCUUAUGCAAACUACAAGCUAAGUAUGACUAUGAACACUUUGCUUUUGCCUUCAAAUGUUGAACGGAAUCUUUUUUGUUGGGUGAUCUUCAUCUGUACUCCAUGUUUUAAGAUAUCAAGAACCCAAACUUUUGAUUAUAGCCCUGUAAGCCUUGUUUUAAGAUAUCAAGAACCCAAACUUUUGAUUAUAGCCCUGUAAACCAAAUGGGUUUUUCGAUUCAAUCCGAAAACAAUUCACCCCUGUGAAGCUAGAUAUUUUUUGUUCUUUGGGAAGCUUGGUUAUAUAUUAAAGGGAAGAUUUGCAAAUCACCAAUUGAUACCAAGAAUGAAGACUGGAAGAUUUAAGAACCAACCAGUCAUUUCCUGGCUCUUUAAUUCACGGGAUCUUUUGUUCUUCGGGAAGCUUGGUUAUAUAUUAAAGGGAAGAUUUGCAAAUCACCAAUUGAAACAGAUACCAAGAAUGGCUCUUUAAUUCAAGGGAUCUUUUGUCCUUUGGGAAGCUUGGUUAUAUAUUAAAGGGAAGAUUUGCAAACCACCAAUUGAAACAGAUACCAAGAAUGAACACUGGAAGAUUUAAGAAUCAACCAGUCAUUUCCUGGCUCUUUAAUUCAAGGGAUCUUUAUUUUAGUGAUGAACUCCUAUUUCCAUCAAAAUCUGAAGAAAUAUAUGAGGAAUUGUUCAAGGAUUAUCGAUAGACCUGCAAGAGUGUACCUGUCACCACAUUCUUGCACCAUUUUUGUGCAAUGAAGUUGUAUAAACUCAUGGAACACAAAAGAAUUUUUGAAAAUUACUACAAGGAUUAGACAAUUUCAAGGGAAUUGUAGAACAUAGCGUGCCGAAAAAGCUCUCAUUUAUCGACGUUAGGGAAUGUAAAAGAAGAUUGUUGUUGCCAAUUGCCAUGACAUUGCUCAUGUUGUCUCUUUCUUUUGAGGAAACUGUGGACACUCCACCUAACAGAACGAUUUGAAUAAUUAAAUGUCAUGAGAAACUUGAGGAUGCUUCAUCUACAAAAUGUUUUGCCAAUAAUGCAGACAAGUGGGACUGUUACAUACAAUGGUGAGUUGCUUGGAAACUUUGUCGCAAGAAGAACUUCUGCAUAUAUAAGCCAAACCGACAAUCAUAUUGGAGAGCUUACAGUUCGGGAGUCACUGGAUUUUGCUGCUAGAUGCCAAGGUGCUAGUGACAUAUGGGCAGGAUGUGCAAGUGAUCAGGCUAUACUUGAGGCAGAAAGGGAAAUGGAUGUUUUUACAAAGGCAUCUUCACUAGGAAGAAAGCACAACCUUGCAACAGAAUAUGUCAUGAGAGUGCUCGGUCUUGAUGCGUGUGCUGAUACCAUAGUGGGUAACGACAUGGUCAGAGGUAUCUCCGGUGGGCAGAAGAAGAGGGUUACAACAGGAGAAAUGGUGAUCGGACCAAGAAAGACUCUUUUCAUGGAUGAAAUAUCUACUGGACUUGAUGCUUCUACUACAUUCCAGAUCGUUAAGUGCAUAAGGAAUUUCGCUCACAUCAUGGAGGGAACUGUAUUAAUGGCUCUUCUGCAGCCUGCACCGGAAACAUUCGAACUUUUCGAUGAUAUAAUAUUGUUAUGUGAGGGACAAAUUAUAUAUCAGGGUCCCCGAACAUCGGUUGUAGAUUUCUUUCAAUCACUAGGAUUUAAAUUGCCACCUAGAAAGGAUGUGGCAGAUUUUCUUCUAGAGGUCACUUCCUUGAAAGAUCAAGGCCAAUAUUGGGCUGAUGAUUCACAGUGUCAUAUGUUUCUAAGUACCAAUUUUUCAGAUGCAUUUGAGCAAUCUGAAUAUGGAAGAGUCAUCCAAUCGACUCUUUCAGUUUCAGAUGAUAAAGCAAAUAUGAUCCAUUCAGCUCUUGCACACAAAGAUUUUGAUGUUUCAAAAUGGGAGCUUUUCAAGGCAUGCUUUGCGAGGGAAGUGCUUCUGGUCAAUCGUCAUCGGACUCUAUAUUUCUUCAGGGCAUGCGAUGUUGCCUUUGUGGGCCUUAUCACUUGUACAAUGUAUCUGCAAACGAGGAACCAUGCUAAUGAUGAGAUAAAUGGGAAUUUGUAUCUGUCUUGCUUAUUUUUUGGGCUUCUUCAUAUGAUUUUCAAUGCUUUUUCUGAGACUUCCAUGUUGAUAUCACGGCUCCCUGUCUUCUAUAAGCAGCGGGAUAACUUAUUUUAUCCUGCUUGGGCAUUUUCAAUUCCAAGUUGGAUUCUACGCAUACCUUUCUCUAUCAUUCAAGCGCUUAUAUGGUCUUGUAUUGUCUACUACUCAGUUGGCUUUGCUCCUGAUUGUGGGAGGUAUUCCUUAGAAUUCCAACUUUUGUCUUCUGUGAGUAUGUAUUUGUUUCCCUAUUUUUUCUAUUUUGUUUCUGAAUUGACAAUUCUUCUCAGGUUUUUCCGCUUCGUGUUCUUAUAUUUCUCGGUACACCAAAUGGCGCUUGGACUUUUUGUGCUGCUUGCUGCAUUGGCGCAAGAUAUGAUUGCCGUAUCAUCAUAUGCUGCUUUUAGCAAUUUGUUAAUGAUUCUAUUGGGUGGUUUCAUACUUCCAAGAGGUAGCCUCAAACCAUGGUUGAACUGGGGUUACUGGAUAUCGCCACUUUCAUAUGGACAGAUGGCUGCAUCAGCGAAUGAGUUCAGUGCUCCACGGUGGAUGAAGAAGAGUACAGUUAGACAUAAUAUCCUUCAAUCCCAUGGGAUGCCUGAGAAAGAUUACUGGUAUUGGCUCGGGGUUGGUGUUCUAUUAGCAUUUAAUAUUCUAUUUAAUGCUUUGUCAAUCAUGGCCUUGAGCUAUCUAUAUGCUCCAGGGAAGUCCCAUUUGGUGAUUCCUUCUGAUGAAAGUGCUGCAAAAGUUGAUGGGUCCCAUUCCACACGGGAGGUUUCUAUGACAGAACUUCUGAAAACUUCAGAGUUAAGCACCACACUUGCAGUUGGAAGAAAAAGUACGAGGGCUAAUCCACCACAGAGAAUGAUUCUGCCAUUCCAGCCAUUAACAAUGACCUUUCAUGAUGUCAAUUAUUAUGUCGAUGUGCCAAAGGGUGGCAGUCUUGGGAAGAAGUUACAGAUUUUGUCAAACGUGAGUGGUGUAUUUAGGCCUGGGGUUCUUACCGCUUUGGUUGGUGCAAGUGGAGCGGGGAAGACGACCCUUUUGGAUGUGCUUGCUGGUAGGAAAACAAGUGGAUAUAUUGAGGGAGAUAUUAGAAUAUCUGGUCAUCUGAAAGAACAAAAGACAUUUGCUAGGAUUUCAGGAUAUGUCGAGCAAAGUGACAUACAUUCGCCUAACAUAACAGUUGAAGAGUCCCUGCAGUUUUCAUCAUGGUUGCGCUUACCUAAGGAAGCCACCAGUGAAAAUCGACUUGAAUUUGUUGAAGAAGUGAUGAAUUUAGUUGAGCUUCACACUCUGAGACAUGCUCUGGUUGGAAUCUCUGGGAGUACUGGUCUCUCAACAGAACAAAGAAAACGCCUUACUAUUGCUGUUGAGCUUGUAGCAAAUCCAUCAAUCAUUUUUAUGGAUGAACCUACAUCUGGCUUGGAUGCACGAGCUGCAGCUCUUGUGAUGCGCGCCAUUCGUAAAACUGCUGAUACUGGAAGGACUGUGGUUUGCACGGUACAUCAACCAAGUAUUGUUAUAUUUGAGGCAUUUGAUGAGCUUCUUCUGUUGAAGCAAGGAGGACAAGUUAUCUUUGGAGGUCCACUUGGUGAGCACUCACAAUUGAUGAUAAAUUAUUUCCAGGCAAUUCCUGGGGUUCCUGCUAUUCGUGAUGGAUACAAUCCGGCAACUUGGAUACUUGAAAUUUGUACACAGGCUUGCAAACAGAAGAUCAGUCUGGACUUUGCCUCAAUUUAUCAGAACUCUGAUCAAUAUAGGGAAAUAGAAGGUCUAAUUAAAGAUUGUAGCAUUCCUGUUGCGGGUUCCGAGCCUCUGAAAUUUUCUUUGGAAUUCUCUCAAGGCUAUUUAAUGCAAUUUAAAUUAUGCUUUUGGAAAAUAAACCUAGCAUACUGGAGGAACCCUCCCUACAAUGUAGUGCGGUUUUACUUCUCGACAAUAUGCGGAUUGAUAUUAGGCUCAGUAUUUUGGAAUAUUGGUUCAAAAAGGGAUACAAUACAAGAUGUUUCUAAUAUUAUGGGGGCUCUUUAUCUAGUCUGCAUGUUUCUUGGAGUUAAUAAUGCCACCUCAAUACAAUCAAUUGUUUACCUGGAGAGAACUGUAUAUUAUAGAGAGAGUUCUAGUGGAAUGUAUUCGCCCUUUCCAUUUGCAGCAGCACAGGCUCUAGUGGAGAUUCCAUAUGUUGCCAUCCAAACAAUGCUCUUUGGAUGCACUACAUACUUCAUGAUCGGUUUCGAGAGAACGAUAGUGAAGUUUCUGAAGUAUCUCAUUGUCAUGUACCUGACGUUCCUGUACUUCACAUUCUAUGGGAUGAUGGCUGUGGGCGUGUCGUCUUCUCAACACCUUGCAGCAACUUUUGCCAGUACAUUUUACUCAAUAUGGAAUCUUCUAUCUGGUUUCCUCAUCCCAAAAGCAAGGAUUCCCGUGUGGUGGAUUUGGUUCCAUUACAUCUGCCCAGUGGCAUGGACCCUACGUGGCAUUGUAUCUUCUCAACUUGGUGACGUGGAAAGUGAGCUGGUGGGACCAGGUUUCAGAGGUACAGUGAAAGAAUAUCUGAAAAUAUAUUUGGAUUAUGAUUCUAGCAUGAUUAGUGUCAGCAUAUAUGUUCUUGUGGCAUUCUCGUUUUUCUUCUUUGCAAUGUUUGCUGUAUCCAUUAGGUUCCUGAAUUAUCAGAAACGUUGA